AUGUCUACUGUUUUAGUUGCCUCUUCCACUUUAUAAAAAAUUAGAUAUACAAAAAGGCAUUAUUCAAAAUAACUCUUUAAAAUUGUAUCACCGAUUCCCUUUUCAUUUAUUGCAACGAUUACAAGCGCGUUCAGAGCAAUGCAUGCGGUAGCGAAACUUCCUUAAUUUUGCGAAGUCGAAAACAGAGUGCGCAUGUAUGGAAAUAAAUUGUUUUGAAUAAUAGCGCCAUUAUUUCACUCACGCGCACUUUAUUUCGGACUUCACGACAUCACAGGCAGUUUCCCCACUAUGUAUCGCGCCAUCUACGGCGUACGCGCAGAAUGCCAACGGUAGCGGUAGGUGGCGACAGUGAUGAUGUUGGCAAGAGUGGUGGUAUGUUACGCGCGGUGGAAGCGCGCGAUCCGCGCGACCACUCCAUUCACUUGUUGACCACCGUUCCGGUCGGUUGUGCGAAUGCCGUGUAUUUCCACGUCUGCGCUCGCGUUUCCACACUGUUUGCUUCUGAUCGAUCAACGCAACGCGAUCGAGAUACACGGCGCGAUCUCCGCGGAUCAAGUGAUACGUGAUUGUACAAGCGGUCAGUGCGUUAAUGCAUGGUGUGCGGGAAUGUGUUAUCGCUGCUCGACGGCCGCUAUUGAAAAGUACAAGCCGCUGCCGCUCCUAUUCGAGCGAUUCUUGUACGUGAGAAGGAUCUACACUUCGUGAUCCACGACGGAGAUGACGGUCGCUGGAAAGAGGUAUGUGGACUGCACAGUGCUGGGUGCGGGCAGUAUGCCGGACGCCGAGGAUUCCUCGUACGACAGCGAUUACGAAGCCGAGGAUUCGGCGACAACGACGACGACGACGACGACGACGACGGCGCGGCGUUCGCGUGCCGAGUCACAGCUAUCUUCAACGGCGCAUCCGGACGUGUCUCGCACCACGUCUGACACCCUAGCGGCUGAGUUUGCGGAAUAUGUCACCAUCCAAGGACCGUCGCCCACGCAAAACCCAGGUUACACCGCUCGCGUGGAAUUCGCUCUGAAGCUGGGCUACACCGAGAGACUGGUGCAGGCAGCCUUGCAGAAGCUAGGCCCGGACCCCGGCCAAAACGAGCUGCUGGCCGAGCUGAUCAAGCUCGGCGCCGCUUGCUCGCCGAAAUUCAGCGACGGUCCCGAAGAGACCGACGGCGCGCUGGACGCCGACGUCGGCGCCGACGAGGACGGCGGGACGAUCCUGGUGGCCUCGACGACGGCGAACGCAAUUUCGUCGACGGAUCUGAGGCCGGUCGUCGUCGACGGCAGCAAUGUCGCCAUGAGUCACGGCAACAAGGAAGUGUUCUCCUGCCGCGGCAUUAAGAUCUGCGUCGACUGGUUCCGCGCCAGGGGUCACAAGGAGAUUACCGUUUUCGUGCCCAAAUGGCGAAAGGAGGCCUCCCGACCGGAUAACCCGGUUGUGGACCAGGAAAUCCUGGGGGAGCUCGAGAGGGACCGUUUGCUGGUGUUCACGCCUUCCAGAUUGGUAGGCGGAAAACGCAUGGUUUGCUACGACGACCGGUACAUCCUGAAACUGGCGGCGGAGAUAGACGGCAUUGUCGUCAGCAAUGAUAAUUAUCGAGACUUGGCGCAAGAAAAUCCCGAGUUCAGAAAGGUCGUCGAGGAGAGAAUCUUAAUGUACAGUUUCGUCAAUGAUCGAUUUAUGCCGCCGGACGAUCCGCUCGGUAGGAGCGGACCUACCUUGGAAAACUUCCUCAAAAUCGCUCCCAAGAAGAUCGAUCCGGCGCCUCCGUGUCCUUACGCCAAGAAAUGUACAUAUGGAAACAAGUGCAAGUUCCGGCAUCCCGAGAGAGGCCCGCAUCCACACAAAUCCGUGACGGAGCGUCUGGUGGAACACGCUCAGCGUCACUUGCAAGCACGUGGGCCGAGCCUGAGUUUGCCGCUGCCAUCCACAACCACAUCCGUCUCUCCGCAACAUUUGCCGCUCUGCAAGGCCAGGUCGGUCGCGCCACCGGGCGUCGUCCAACCCUUGUCGUCCGUCUCGAAGAGCAGAUCAGUGGAAAAUGUCACAUCUGACUUGUCCGCAACUAGUCCUGCUAUGUAUAGUCAGCAGAUGGCUCCGGCGCAGAAUCCGCAAGGCUACCACUCUGUAGCGAGCUGGACCGCGCCGAGAGUGAGCAAUCCCGAGCCAGAACCGGCGAACAUGCAUCGUAAACUGCAACGGCAAUUGACUCUGAAUCCGGUGUACGAUCCGCGACUUUAUCAACUCAGGCGAUACCAUCAUCAUCAUCAGCAGCAGCAACAACAGCCGCAGCAAGCUGGCCAGCCGCCGCAACAGCAGCAACAGCAGUCCGUCAUCAGCCCUCCGUGCUCCAGUAUGCAGCAUCGACCGUUGACGAGACGUGCCAGCAACGAGUCAUCGUAUCUAGUUACUCCCAUGAGCUGGGACCACUCCGACUGCCUUCAGCAUCAUCACCAGCACGUGACACGCAUCGCUUCCGCCCCGGAUUCUUACAGAGCGUGGCCGCCACACAACACUGCCCUGGUGCCGCCGUCGCGGGUGCAGAGACUGGGCACAUCGGAUCCCCAGCUGAAUCUGCAACCGUCGUCACCGUCCACUAGCCUGCACGUGCCUUGGGGCACGCAGGUUCAGGAUGUCCGACGUCGCCUGCAUUAUCAUCUCGCCAACAUCUUCCCCGAGGAGCAGGUGCAAACUGUGAUGGCGCUCCAUCCGCACGAGACCGAUCCCCAACAGAUUUGCGCCGCCAUUCUGGCGAUGUUUCCCAAAAAUUAGAAUUAACGCGAUUACGAAUUUUGCCGAGUUCACGAGUUCUUCGUAGGCAUUCGAUUUGGAAAAACCACGUAUGUUGUGUACAGUUCUAUUUUAUCUCCAUGAGAAUCUUGUAUAUUGCUGAGAACUCUUGAUGCGGAAUUCAAGUUUCAGCGAUUACCGCGUUAACUGCGACUGUAUUGAAGAUAUUAAUGGAAUUGAUGGAAUAAUUGCGAGGAAUAUUCGUAUUUUUUUGAAACUUUUGAGAGCUUGGACUUUUCAGCCUGUAUUGUCAUCGUUGUUCGCACGGGUGGACAAUAAAAAAAAUAAAAAAAAUAAAAAAUGCGCUGCUAAAUGUGCGGUGAGAAUACAGGCUUCUACAUUUAUAAGUUUCGGUGCGUUUUCGUCCUGCUAGCCGGGAGCUAGCACUCGGGCGGAGAACACGAAAGAGAUAAAAACUAAUAACAAUAUGAAAGUCUAAAAAACAGUUUUUUUUUACAUAACCAUUUGGACGUCUUAGCAUUGUUCGAGAGGAAUAAUCCGUAUUUUUAUGAGCGCGUAUUAGCCUAGGGCAUUAUAAUACAAGUGUUCGUUGUUAUUUUAUUCUGGGAAUAAGCGGUGAGAGGAUCUAUAUUUUAAUCUAUAUCGUUUUUAAUCGUAACUCGCGCAUUGGUGAUUACAUCGUCUCACAUUGAGCCGAUCAAUGUUUUUUUUGUUUUUUUUUUGUUUCUUCGAUAAUAUUGGCGAAAUCAUCUCGCUUUCGAUUUCUCUCAAUUAGGUUCAAAGUAGAUCUUAUAUAAUUUAUUUGUAGUAAAAUGAUUAUGAUAAUUAAUAUAGCAAUAUUUAAUUCGAAAACAAAAAGAUUAUUGUAGAUGGCUAACAGAUUUUUACUUCAUCAUGCACGAUAUAAUCAUUAUUGUUGUAAGAGCGUUGUCCGGAAGAUAAAUAUUUGAAAGAAAAAUUAUUAUUUUCGGAAACAUACGUAACUGGGAUUUCAAGCACUCGUAAACGAUAUUACGCAUUUAUCUAGUUAACUGUGCAAUAUUUAUUAUUACGCAUGAACCAACAAAACAUCACAGUUGCUUGUGUUAUUGUAGUGGGAAAGUCAAAAAUAAUGUGCAUAAUUUAUCAGUCUUUGACACUUGAUGUAAAACGUGUCAUCAAUUCAGAUGAAAAGGUAUACGUUGUUUACGCUGAAACAGUCGUGGCAUAAAAUUUGAACAAUUUGACGAUUUACACACAAAUCUCUCACAUAAAA